AUAACACGCAGCUGGCCAGUCAGUCUAGUGCUAUGCGCGAGCGUCCGUGCGACUAGCAAAACAGUCAGAGGGAGGGGAGUCAGAUUCCAGUAGCUACAUUAUGCAAACCAACGGCAACAAGAACAACAAAGGGGUUGAAUACACACGCAAAUAUGGAAUAGCAGCAUAGCCUGACAGAAGAAUAGACAUUAGGCAGCCGAAGGCGACCGUCCACGACAAGAUUCUGGCGAACCGCAUCAGCCUCAGACAUUUGAGCUUCGCUAUGCUGCACUUCUGUAGUUGGACAGGUUGAACAGCACCAUCAGGUUGAAGCUCCAGGUGGAAUCUCACUCUGAGCCGAGAGAUGGGGAACACGGCUGCCAAGUUCCGCAAGGCUCUGAUCAACGGUGACGAGUGCCUGGCCUAUCAACUGUACGAGGGGAACCCUCAAUUUAAGGAGGCCCUGGACCCCAACACAUCGUACGGAGAACCCUACCAACACAAUACUCCUCUGCACUACGCAUCCAGGCACGCGAUGACACGACUCAUCAGGUCGUUUCUCUUCAGCAAGGACGGAAACCCCAACAAGCGCAACGUGCACAACGAGACGGCCCUCCACCUCCUCUGCAUGGGGCCCCAGAUCCUGACAUCUGAGGGGACCCUGCAGCCGCGGCUGUGCCGGCCCGAGCUGGACGAGGCGAAGAGAGCCGAGUGUCUCCAGGUCAUCCUGAAGUGGACCGGGGCCAAGCUGGACCGGGGCGAGUACGAGAGCGCCGACGUCAACGCCGCCGACAACAAGAAGAACACGUCGCUGCACUAUGCCGCCGCCUCGGGGAUGAGGACAUGCGUGGAGAUUCUGGUGAAGAAGAACGCCGACCUGUUCGCGGAGAACGAGGACCGCGAGACGCCUUGCGACUGUGCGGAGAAGCAGCAGCACAAGGACCUGGCCCUCAGCCUGGAAUCCCAGAUGGUGUUCAGCCGGGCCCCAGAAACCGAGGGCAUCGAGGCGGAGUACGCCGCCCUGGACCGCAGAGAGCUGUACGAGGGUCUAAGGCCUCAGGAGUUACGUCGUCUGAAGGACAUGCUGAUAGUUGAGACGGCAGACAUGCUCCAGGUCCCCCUCUUCACAGGCGAGGCCCUGCUCCGAGCGCACGACUGGGACAGGGAGAAGCUGUUGGAGGCCUGGAUGUCUAAUGCCGAGGAGUGCUGCCAGCGGUCCGGGGUUCACAAGCCCAGUGCCCCCCCCAGCGGGUAUAAUGCCUGGGAUACACUGCCCUCGCCACGUACCCCCAGGACCACUCGAUCCUCCGUCACCUCCCCAGAUGACAUCAGCCUUACUCCCGGCGAUGAAGACAGACCACUGUGUGGUAUCUGCAUAUGCCCGAUCUCCAUCUUUGAGGAGCCUGUCGACGUGUCGUGUGGUCAUGAAUUCUGCCGAGCCUGCUGGGAGGGGUUUCUGAAUCUGAAGAUUCAGGAGGGGGAUGCCCACAAUAUCUUCUGCCCAGCCUACGACUGCUUCCAGCUGGUUCCUGUGGAGGUCAUAGAGAGUGUUGUUUCCAGGGAGAUGGACAAGAGAUACCUGCAGUUUGACAUCAAGGCCUUUGUGGAGAACAACCCGGCCAUUCGCUGGUGUCCCCGGGCGGGAUGCGAGCGGGCCGUCCGCCUGUCGUCUCAGGGUCCUGGGAGCAGCUCCUCUGACCCCUUCAGCUUGCCCCUACUGAGAGCCCCUGCUGUGGACUGUGGAAAGGGACAUCUCUUCUGCUGGGAGUGCCAGGGAGAAGCCCAUGAACCAUGUGACUGUGAUACAUGGAAGAUGUGGCUCGCCAAAGUCACUGAGAUGAGACCCCAAGAAUUGGCUGGCGUGAGCGAAGCUUAUGAAGACGCAGCCAACUGCUUGUGGCUGCUUACUAACGCCAAGCCCUGCGCCAACUGCAAGUCCCCGAUUCAGAAGAACGAAGGCUGCAACCACAUGCAAUGUGCCAAGUGCAAGUACGACUUCUGCUGGAUCUGCCUGGAGGAAUGGAAGAAACACAGCUCAUCCACCGGGGGCUACUACCGCUGUACCAGAUAUGAGGUCAUCAACCAGGUGGAGGAACAGACCAAAGACAUGACUGUGGAGGCCGAGAAAAGGCACGAGAGCUUCCAGGAGCUGGACCGCUUUAUGCACUACUACACGCGCUUCAAGAACCACGAACACAGUUACCAGCUGGAACAGCGCCUGCUGAAGACGGCCAAGGAGAAGAUGGAACAGCUGAGCAGGGCUCUGCGUGGCGGAGAGGCAGGUCCACCUGACACUACAUUUAUUGAAGAUGCAGUUCUUGAGCUUCUGAAGACGCGACGCAUUCUCAAGUGCUCUUACCCCUACGGUUUCUUCCUGGAGCCCAAAAGCACUAAGAAAGAAAUCUUUGAACUCAUGCAGACUGACUUGGAGAUGGUGACAGAGGACCUAGCCCAGAAAGUGAACCGGCCUUACCUCCGAACACCACGCCAUAAGAUCAUCCGAGCAGCCUGCCUUGUGCAACAGAAGAGACAGGAGUUCCUGGCAUCCGUGGCCCGGGGUGUGGCUCCAAACGACUCCCCAGAGGCCCCCAGACGCAGUUUUGGCGGUGGAACGUGGGACUGGGAGUAUCUGGGCUUUGCGUCUCCUGAGGAGUAUGCAGAGUUCCAGUACCGGAGAAGACAUCGCGAACGACAGCAGAGGAGACAGCGAGGAGACCUGUCUAGUCUGCGCAGUAACACCACCGACCCAGAUGACCCCGGCGACAGCCCGUUAGACGUACAAGAAAUUGAAAAUGGUCGAAGACCAGGUCCCUCGGUGAGCAUGGGCUUGUUGGAUGAAGAUGAUCCGAACAUCCUCUUGGCUAUCCAGUUGUCACUACAAGACUCCGGGCCGGCGAUGGGCGAGGACACAGAGUUCCUGGCCAACGAGGCUUCCCUUGGGGCCAUCGGUACCUCCCUCCCCUCCCGACUGGACGUGGGCCCCCAGAGUGUAGAGUUGGGGCCGCGGGGGGCCCUGAGCAGCUCUGAGCUGGUGGAGCCGGGGACUUACAGUGGUCAGAGCCACUGCGGCGCUCCAGGGUCCCAGGGCCCCCGUCACCUCCACCGGCAGUGCUACAACCACGACAACCUCCGCUCCUUCGGGGAGGCCCCUGCAGGCGGCGCUCAGUUCUCCCCCGACGGCACGGAACCCGCCUCCGUGUGUCCGGAACCCGUGAGCCCUAAUGCCAAUCUGCUGGGCAACAUCAUGGCCUGGUUUCACGACAUGAACCCCCAGGGCUUCGCACUCGCCCCCUCCUCCAACACCACCUCCUCGGAUACGGACCUUGACGCCGACGCGGUUGACCGGACGGCAGCUGGGGAGGCGCAGACCCCAGUUGCCCCCCCACAGCCCCAUGCAGAACCUCGGGAUAUUGGGGGCGAGGAGGGGGGUGGUGGGCCCCUGAAUCCCCCGGGCGUGGAGGCUCAGGAGAGGCCGAACCAGCUGGACCUUGUUGUGGGACUGGAGGCUGGGACCCCGCCUUACAUGUUGACCGCCUCAGAGUUGGGCAGCAGGCAGGGGGAGGGCCUGUGUGGCUUUAACAGUGGGAGUCGUACCGUUCACGUGGACACACCCAUGUGUGACUCUGUGACCUCUGACCUGUUACCCAGCUCCAGCUCCUCGGAGUGGGAGGAGCAAAUACACCUGGUCUGAUCGGUGGAAACAUCUGAGUGGCUGGAGCAAGUCCUCCAGCUAUUGCUCUGAUUGGAGUCUGAUCGACUCUUUUUGGAAGGUGCAUCUUAUUGAAGGAGAAGACCUCCCCUAAUGCGAAGGAAUACGGACACCUUGUGGAGGAUAGAACCACUUUGAUGUGCGUGGUAAAACCAGAGCAGAGUGAGGUAGGUAGAGACAGAAGCGGACAUUAGCAGAUAACCAGUGACCGUGUUGAGGGCAGUAGACCUCACGUCAUGUCAUGAGUGGAGUGUGUUUAAUUUUUCCAGUGUUUAAAGAUGUACAUCGUACACUUGAAAACUGAGGUGCCGCGUAUUAGCGUGUGAUGUUCCUGGGUCAACGUAUAUGGAUAGUUCAACAGAGGCACGGGGUUGAUGGUUUCAUUCCUACAAAUCUAGCACUAUUUCAUAGUGACCGCAGAGGUUUGAAUGGGUGUUGGUAUUCUGAACAAGGAUAUUUGUUUAUACAAUUCUGACAAGUUGCUUCUCAGAUCUGGUCUAGAUUAGAGUGUGAGGUGUUACAAAACAUAGUGCAUUAUUACAGGUUAUACAUUUGCAGGACUUUUAGAUUUUUUUUUGGGGGGGGGGGUGGGGGUUUGGAUCCUGUUUUUUGAUAUUGAUAAUAUACUUUUCCACUGGAGUAACAGCCUACUGUAUUGUCAGGAUUGGGUUCUAAGCGAAAUGUAAUCAGCUGUACCUGGAGAACAGUGCCGUUCUGUGCCGUGUGUUGUCAUUUUGUUAUGGUCCCUGUCUAACAAUGUACAGUCUGAUGAAAAGAACCUGUGCUCAGUCUGAUCCAUAUCUGCCUAAUGUGUUGGUAAGUUGAUAGGUGCCAAAUGCUGGCUAGCAAAAGCACAGUUUGUUAUCACUAAGUGGACUCCAAGUGAACUGUGCCUGCUUGUUUAGAUCUGUCGGAGCUAAGACGAUUUUAGCCUGCGAAUCUAUGAAACCGCCUCUAACAGAUUAUUUUUGAUAGAUUCUAUUUCCACAUAAAGGAUUCAAUAGCGAAGAGAGACAAAUUGCAAUCAAAUUUUGUGACUUAUUGUACAUACCUAAUCACUAAUAAUAAUGUCACUGGUAAUAAAAAAAAAAACCAGCGUAACGUUUUCUAGGGGAACUGCUGUGGGGUAGUUUUCCUGUGUACUGAGCCUAUUGUCCUGUCUUCUUCUGGACUAAAACACACUUUCAGUGGAGGCUGGUUUUUCUUUGACCUUGUUUUUUUAGUCCUGGGCCUGAAUUCACAAAUCACCUCAGUGCUGAUCUGGGUCCAGUUUGGUAUUUUUUCAAUCGCAGUGAAUUAGCAAGGGGGAUUUGUAGAUCAGUGGUCCUACUCCAAUGCUUUGUGAAUACAGCCCCAGAGAUGAUCAGUGUCCAGGAAGCCUGCCCAUAAACCUAUAAACUAUAAAGUUUAAGCCUUGAUGGGACUCAGCAACUACAGUAGAGGGAUGCUGUGGGUCUAGGGUUGCAGAACUCCACUAACCUUCUCAGAAUUCUCUGGUUCACCAGGAAUAUGCAGGAAAUCCAGUAUCCUCCAAUUGGGAUUUCCGUGAAGCCUGAGAAAUUUGCAACCGAAGUGAGUCUUAGAAACGGUUCUCUACGCAAUUCAUUACAGUGCCUUUGUGUAUCUUAUAAUUGCCACAUUUUCCUGAGUGCUUACAGUAAAUGUGUAUCUACAAACUACGAAAACACAUUAUAGUAACUCCACUCAUAGAACUAACACACGUCCGAUCUUGAUACUUUUUAAAUACAUUUUUAAAUACUCUUGUAGCCUCCCUUUAGCGUGUUUCUGGAGCAUUUAUUUUUAAAUAACGCAAUUGUUAAGUAUAACACUGAUUUUACAUGAUUAUGUAUUUUUGUGGUUCACAGUUUGUAAUUGUUCCACAUCUCAUUUCCAAAACAUGGAAACUGUUGUACUUUUGUUUUUGUUGCUGGUGCAGGUUUGAGGUUGAAGUUGGUUGUUCAGAAGCAUCUAUGGUGCAAUAAGUAAAGUACAGGUUCAUGACGUGUUCACCUUGGAAAGACAUAUGUAGAGUGUUCUGGAACAGGAAACAAAAAAAUGCACAACACAAUAUUUAAAAGCUGAGAUAUUUAUUUGAAAAUUUAAAGUUUUAUGAUUGAAAACUGACCAAUAUAUGCUAAAUAACUCAUUUGAAGAAAACAAAAAGGAUUGAUUUAUUGUCGAUGAACUAUAUGUAUAAUAUUGAUAUUUCAAAGUGUCACUUCUGGAAAUCUUUAUCCAAGCCGGUGUGAUUGUAUUGAAGGUAAACUACUAAAACAACAGCAAAAUAAACGUAUCGCGUUUGAAUGUCUUGCAGACGUUAAGCUGUGAGUGCCGUUUGUGGAGCUAUUGUGAAUUUGUGGGACGUUAUUGUUGACUGGUUGAAUUGGUGAGUCCCUUGUGUAACACUAUGCUCUGCUUGAAAUAGGUGAAACAGAAAAUUGUUUAAAUUUACGUUUUCUGGCAUUUCGUUUAAAAUGCUAAGGCAAAUUUACUUAAAAUUGGCAAACCAUUUUUGUAACCCUUGUUUUGUAAAGCAACUAAUCUUUGGAAUGCUAAUUGCACUUUCAUAGUCCAUACUUGAUACAUUCCCUCUUUAUAUGAAAACAUAGUGUUGACUGAUGCGUGGCCAAUAAACUUUGAGUUGAGUUUUA